AAGGAACUCUCCCUCGCCUUCAUCCCACCCUACCACUAUUUUUUUUUUCAGCCGUCAUGUCGGCAUCUCCCCUCGUUCUGCGGCCUACGGAGGCCAUAAAGCCUACCUCGACCAUCUCUUCGCCAAACAAGCAUGUCUCCAAUCAACCUUCUUCCAGUGCAACUCCCCAACGAACCGAUGAAGCGAAAGCGAUAUCGAAACCCAGCUCAUUGGUCCCCACUCUCGACCUCGCUGAGCAGAUGAACGAGGACGAGAAGAGGAAAUAUAUUAAAGGAAAGAAACUCGGCGAGGGUACCUAUGCCAUCGUCUUUCUAGGCCGUCUCCGCUCCGACCCGUCCUCACUCGUCGCCAUCAAGAAGAUCAAAGUUCAGAAAGAAUACCGCGAAGGCAUGGCACCGGAUGCGGUUCGCGAACUCAAGCACCUCCAGGAGCUGCACCACCCCAACAUCAUCUCCCUCCUCUCCGUCUUUUCGUCCAAGGACCAGAACCUCAACCUCGUCCUCGAAUACCUGCCCCUCGGCGACCUCGAGAUGCUCAUCAAGGACACCGAGCGCAUCCGCUACGGCGCCGCCGACAUAAAGGCCUGGAUGGGCAUGCUCUGCCGCGCCGUCUGGUUCUGUCACGAGAACUUCGUCCUCCACCGCGACAUCAAGCCCAACAAUCUCCUCAUCGCCGCCGACGGCGAGGUCAAGCUCGCCGAUUUCGGUCUCGCCCGCUCCUUCGCCGACCCCCUCCAGGUCAUGACCAGCCAGGUCAUCACCCGCUGGUACCGGCCCCCCGAGCUGCUCUUCGGCGCAAGGCACUACAGCGGCGCCGUCGACGUCUGGUCCGUUGGCUGCGUCUUCGCCGAGCUCAUCAUCCGUCACCCGUUCAUGCCCUCCGACACCGAGGUCCAGCAGGUCAGCGUCAUCUGCCACGCCGUCGGCACCCCGCGCGAGGACAACUGGCCCGGCGUCUCCAAGCUCCCCGCCUACACCGUCCCCGACGACGGCGAACCCCCGCGAGGCCGUGAUUACUUCAUGGGCUUCUUCAGCACCGUCGGCCCCGACGGCGUCGACCUCCUUAUGAAGACCCUCGUCCUCGACCCCAACAAGCGCAUCACCGCCCGCGACAUGCUGCGCCAUCCCUGGUGGCACGCUCAGCCCAAGCCCACCCGCAAGGAGUACCUGCCCCGUAAGGACGGUGGAGAAUCCCAGAUGGCCGCAGAUCUCAAACGUCGCAAUGGCAUCCUGGAAGAUGAUAGAGGGUCCAAAGUUGCUCGCAGGCUGGAUUUUGGGAAGUAAACCCAGACACCGUCUCGCUUACGCUCCACGCGCAUAUACAGAGGGAGGACAUAAUAUCACGGUCAAUACGGGGGAAAAACAGAAAGGAUGCAUGGAUAAGGCGCCAUCACUUCACGUUUGCUCUUAGGUCCUUGUUUGGGCUACUUGGCUAGUUACGCAAAGGAGUUUCGGGGCGUUUCUGGUUCUCAAGGAGUAUUUCAGGGUGGGGGAGUUAUAUACAAAGGUGAGGCGCGUACAUGGUUUAGAAACGCCGUCCCACGAGUAUAUGCAUUCCAUUACUUUCGAUUUUCGAUUUUUUUUUAGUUCUCGACUUCCCUUUUCCCUCGUAUCCUCUUUCGGCAGCUCAGUCUCGCCCUGGUCGCCUUACAUCAGAGAGCACUCCAGACCGUACAUAGCCCUCUCCACGCGAUUCUUCACCUGAUACCAAUCCGCACGCCGCUGCGCAUACUCAUACACC